ACUUCUCUGAUGAGAUCUGCAAGACGUGUCACCCGUGGAUUCUUGUCGGAGUUUCCUGCUGAGAGAGAACCGCACACGUGCACGCCGAGGACCUCAGGCUUUCGACUCAUUCCGGAGUUCCGGCUCCCCGCAUGACGGUCGCUCCUGUCACCUUGAGGACUGCCUAGGUGGCAUUAUCGUCCCUAGGAUCUGUGCAGAAAAGGCCUGGUGUGCAAAACCUUGUUGCCGGCUGUUAUUCAUAAAAUCUCUCUGAAACUGCUUGAGGAUGAGUUGACUUAUCUGUCAGCAAUUUCAGCUUACUUGGAAUUGGACUUGGUCAGUGUUCUACUAAUAACCCGACCAAGCCGUGAAAGCCCGCAGCCUCCGCACGUGGGCACAUUCGCAGGCUGGCUCUUGCCCUGCGGAGGCUGCGUCCCAGCCUCCCUGUGCAUUUGAAAUGCGGCUGGAAGAAGAGCCGUGAACUGCGGCAAUGUCCCUCCAUGUGUUGCAGUCCUGUGGCAUUAUGCACGCUCCUAACCAGUGACCCUUCAGCUUUUUAUGGCUGUGAGACUCAUUAAAAGUUCAGGGGUAAGAAGUGACCUUUUGAGGUGACUGUACCUGAAGAUUGCUUUCCAGAAGCCAAAAAAGGUUUUUGAGUCAUGAUGCAAGAAUCUGGGACUGAGACAAAAAGUAACGGUUCAGCCAUCCAGAACGGGUCGAGCGGCGGCAACCACCUGCUCCCGUGCGCCGGGCUUCGCGAAGGGCGGUCCAACGGGGAGACGCCGGCCGCGGACGCGGGGGCGGCCGACCUCGCGCACGUGCAGCAGCAGCAGCAGCAGCAGCAGCAGCAGCAGCAGGCACUUCAAGUGGCAAGACAGCUACUCCUUCAGCAGCAACAGCAGCAGCAAGUUAGUGGAUUAAAAUCUCCCAAGAGGAAUGACAAACAACCAGCCCUUCAGGUUCCCGUGUCAGUGGCUAUGAUGACACCUCAAGUUAUCACUCCCCAGCAAAUGCAGCAGAUCCUCCAGCAACAGGUGCUGAGCCCUCAGCAGCUCCAGGUCCUCCUCCAGCAGCAGCAGGCCCUCAUGCUCCAACAGCAGCAGCUUCAAGAGUUUUAUAAAAAACAACAGGAACAGUUGCAGCUUCAGCUUUUACAACAACAACAUGCUGGAAAACAGCCUAAAGAGCAGCAGCAGGUGGCUACCCAGCAGCUGGCUUUUCAGCAGCAGCUUCUGCAGAUGCAACAGUUACAGCAGCAGCACCUCCUAUCUCUGCAGCGCCAAGGCCUCCUCACGAUUCAGCCCGGGCAGCCCGCCCUCCCCCUCCAGCCCCUCGCCCAAGGCAUGAUUCCAACUGAACUGCAGCAGCUCUGGAAAGAAGUGACAAGCGCACAUACCGCGGAAGAGACCGCAGGCAGCAAUCACAGCAGUUUGGAUCUGACCACGACAUGUGUCUCCUCCUCUGCACCUUCCAAGACCUCCUUAAUAAUGAACCCACAUGCCUCUACCAACGGACAGCUCUCAGUCCACACCCCCAAAAGGGAAAGUUUGUCCCACGAGGAGCACCCCCAUAGCCAUCCUCUCUACGGACAUGGUGUAUGCAAGUGGCCAGGCUGUGAAGCAGUGUGCGAAGAUUUCCAAUCAUUUCUGAAACAUCUCAACAGUGAGCAUGCGCUGGACGAUAGAAGUACAGCUCAAUGUAGAGUACAAAUGCAGGUUGUACAGCAAUUAGAGCUACAGCUUGCAAAAGACAAAGAGCGUCUGCAAGCCAUGAUGACCCAUCUGCACGUGAAGUCUACGGAACCCAAAGCCGCCCCUCAGCCCCUGAAUCUGGUAUCAAGUGUCACACUCUCCAAGUCUGCAUCAGAGGCUUCUCCACAGAGCUUACCUCAUACUCCGACGACCCCAACCGCCCCCAUCACUCCUGUCACCCAAGGCCCCUCCGUCAUCACCACCACCAGCAUGCACACGGUGGGACCCAUCCGCAGGCGGUACUCAGACAAGUACAACGUGCCCAUUUCUUCAGCAGAUAUUGCGCAGAACCAAGAAUUUUAUAAGAACGCGGAAGUUAGACCACCAUUUACAUACGCAUCUUUAAUUAGGCAGGCCAUUCUCGAAUCUCCAGAAAAGCAGCUAACACUAAAUGAAAUCUAUAAUUGGUUCACACGAAUGUUUGCUUAUUUUCGACGCAACGCUGCCACGUGGAAGAAUGCAGUGCGUCAUAAUCUUAGUCUUCACAAGUGUUUUGUGCGAGUAGAAAACGUUAAAGGGGCAGUAUGGACAGUGGAUGAAGUAGAAUUCCAAAAACGAAGGCCACAAAAGAUCAGUGGUAACCCUUCCCUUAUUAAAAACAUGCAAAGCAGCCACGCCUACUGCACACCUCUCAAUGCAGCUUUACAGGCUUCGAUGGCUGAGAACAGUAUACCUCUAUACACUACGGCUUCCAUGGGAAAUCCCACUCUGGGCAACUUAGCCAGCGCCAUACGGGAAGAGCUGAACGGGGCAAUGGACCAUACCAAUAGCAACGAGAGUGACAGCAGUCCGGGCAGAUCCCCUCUGCAAGCUGUGCAUCCUGUGCACGUCAAAGAAGAGCCCCUCGAUCCAGAGGAAGCUGAAGGGCCUCUCUCCUUAGUGACAACAGCCAACCACAGUCCAGAUUUUGACCAUGACCGAGAUUAUGAAGACGAACCAGUAAACGAGGACAUGGAGUGAGCGUCUCUGGGCGGGCCAACCCCAAGAAUGCAGAUUGGGAAAAACAAAACAAAACACGUCAAAAGUUAGCAGUGAAAUCGUUCUCCAUUUGUUGUACAGUCUGGAGGAUUUUCACUCCAUUCGGACCACUCUGACACGUGUUAACUCUGAGUGCCAUCAAGAAUCCCAUUUGGGAGUAUUUUUGAUUUUUCUACUUUUUGUUGAAAAAAGGAAUUUGUACUCUGUGCAUUGGAUGGACUUGUUUGGUACUUGGGAUUUUCCUCUCCUAACAGUCAACAUCAGUGUUGUAAAUUUGCUAAACUGAUUUCACUUUUAGCAGCAGACUUUGAACUGCCGUCCUGCCGCCGACGUGGGACACCGAGGACACCCAGCUGAGCAUGUGCGUCUGAGCUGCAGACCAAGCCUCUGCCCAGAAUUUAAGGAUUCCAGUGGACGACCUAUUUGCACAGGACUGCAUGCUGAUUAUCACUGCCUUUACUCCAUUUUUGUUGUUGUUCGUUUUUUGUUUUGCUUCCAGUUGGGAUGGGGAAGGCCUUUGUGUGUGUACUGGGGGGAGGGGGUUAAAAAGUAAUUAUCCCAAACUUUUUAAUGUAUUGCUUUUUUUUUUUUUUUUUUUUUGCUUCUACUAUACCAUUUUAAGUUCUGACCUCAGGCCUCCAUUUGGGCCCACGGCCUCCCGGAGGCUUAAAGUUUUCUGUACCUUGUGAUGAAUGUUAAUAGGUGUUUUUAUUAUACAAAGCUGAAUGUCAUUUCUCGUUUGUAGUUUUCUGUCACUCAUUCCAUUUUCCUUCAGACAUCACCACGUUUUCUCUGAAGUCGGAAAACAUUCCGUUUUGGUCUUUUUCAAAAAGGUCCCAAAUGCUGCACUCUCUACACAUGAAGGUCCUCUCACCCAGACCUGAAGUCCUGCCAGAAAGAGAAUGAAUGACAGAAAAAAUAAAAAAAAAAAAAGAGAGAGAGACACCCUCGGAACAACGCAGAUUCAUUCCACGAAGCAGUAUUGGAGGUGGGAAGGGGGUUGUUGUAGAUUUUUUCCCCCCGCAGCUACCAUCCUGUAGUAAAUGCCACAGCAUUUUGCCAGCACAAGGAAGCGUAGGCAGCACUUAGCCCCCAGAUUCUCCUAGUAGACUGACCGUGUGACCGCGAAGGCUCUCGGGUCACCAAGCUGCCACCGGCCACAGGCUCUCUGACGUAGAAAUCAGCAUGGGUUGCUUUGUUUGCAAAAUGGCCAAAAGGGUGGCUUCCCGAAGCAACUCUGCUGAAGAGUGGGUGGCGGCGCCGAAUUGAAACCUCAGUCCAGACCUGCUUGGUGGCAUUAAUCUGUUUGAAUGCAAAUUAGAUUUCAGAUUGAAUUUGUUAUGGAAGUUAAUGAGGACUGAGUUCAGCAAAUGCUGAAGUGUUCCUUUCAAACGUGCAGACUCGGUACCGCAGUUCUGUUUGUUCCGCAGUGCGAUCACGCCGAGCCCGUGUCCACGACAGCAGGAGACCCCGUGGACACGGGGCGGGGGGGCAUGGUGCCCCUGCGCGCGUGGAGAAGCGGGCACGGCGUGCAGAGCGCGACGGUCGUCGGUCAGCACCACCUCAGUCCUGAGAGCCCCUCGUUGCUUCCACUCUGCACCCACUUUCCUGUCACUCAGUUAUUUAUCUAGGACCGUAGCUUUUGUUUUGUUUUAGUUUGAGAGCCUUUUGGGGCUUAAUUUAUAUUCUUUGUACCUUUUUUUCUAAAAUUACCAAAGAUCUUACACAAAGGUAAAUUAUGUUCUCCGUUUUAUGCUUUAUCUGAUGAAGCCAAAUAUCCUCUUAUUGUUGAUCAAAGGAGGCGAAAGAAUUUAGAGGCAAUUGAUCAGUUCUAGGCUAUUGCUAACCUGAGAAAGAGAACUGCUCCUUCUUCAUAGAGUAAAUUUAGAAGACUAAGUAGGUAAUGGAACCAAAGUUGUUACUUUUGUUUUUUUGGGGUUUUUAUUUUUCUUGUUCUGUACCUCGACAGAGACCAAAACUCCUAAGGAGAGAUUAUGGGGCUGCUGAAGGUGAAAAUAGGGCACAGUGCGUUUCAGGAGCAGAAGGCAGGGAGCCCCAUCCCCCAAAACACGAAUGGAUGCCUCUGAAAAUCAGGGGUCACCAGUACAGGAGACAUUCAAGAUAAAACGUAAAGAAAACAGAAAAGCUUCUACAUCGGAACUCCAUCACAGACGCGUUUCUAGAAUGCAUGUUUGUUUUUGCUUUUACAGAAAGAUUGUUCUGCCACUUAGCUUUUAAGGACUGUGCUAGGAUCACUGCAUUGAUUUUGCUUUGUCUUGGCAUAGAUCUUCCGGUUUUUGGUGGGGUUUUUCAAAAUGUUUUCCUUUUUCCUUUCUUUUUCUUUCUUUUUUUUUUUUUUUUUCUAAUUAGGCUUUGGUCAGCGUUUUCCAUUUAAAGAAGGAAAAAAAAAGUCCACUCCCGUCCACUCAUGAGCUUGGUACAAAAACUUCUUUGGCCAUUUCUUUUGAAGCGUCACUGUGCUUUCUGUAUAAAGGGCAGUCUGUGGUCACUCGAGCCUUUUUUUUUUUUUUUUUUUUUAACUUUUCCAGGCAGCUUCAUGAUGUGCAGGCAGUAGCCAGACAGGGUCAUGGGAAGGGGGCCCUGUGCUUCUAAGCUGAGUGGUUGCUGGUUCGUUUGGUAUUCAAAAGAGGAUAAAACUCUGGUAGAUUAGGUCAUUCUCAGCAUGUGUAGCUAGACAUGAGUAAAGAUAACAGCAUGAGAAACUGUUAGUGCGCAUACCUCAGUUCAAACCUUUAGGGAAUGAUGAAAAUUAAAAGAAAAUACAUUUCACUCAGUUGCACUUAGUCGUAUGUCUUGCAUGCUUAGUCUAAAGACUGUAGCAAAAAAGAAAAAAAAAGAAAAAUUAGAUUUUACGUAUCUUUGCAGCCCUGCAGAAGAACCAACUGAAAAAAAAUUCUUUUCUCAGGCUUUACAGCAAGCAAACUUCACUAUGAUUUUUACAGUUCUGAUUCUGUAUCCCUUGGGGGGGGGUUCCAGUCACUUCUUUAGGAUGGGGUUUAUUAUGUUGUACAUAUAUUCCAAUGUGUCUGUGUGAAUCUUUGUCUUUUUUGGGGGAGGGCGGAGGGCGGUUCUUUUUUUAGAUAUUGUUCCUAAAAAGGAAUAAAUGCAUACACCUGUUUGUCAAAACACCUUUGCUUUUUGUGCAACUGCUUUAUAUUAACGAUACUAAAAAAAAUAGCUUUGGAAAAAAACUACUGUAUGUAAUGGAAUUGCAGAAUUUGCUGCACAUGUAUUUUAUUUAGUUAUCCUUGCUUUAAGAAUAUUGGAUGACAUUUCCUGACAUGUGGGAGGGAGAAAUUCCCUAACCCUUUUUUUCCUUUUAAAUUGUAACAUAGUUGGCAGUUGUUUUUUUUUUUUUUUCUGUUCUCAUUGAUCGGAGCAUUUUGUACAGAUUUGUGUGUGUGUGUGUGCGUGUGCGUGUGUGUGUUAAUCUGUUUUUUGAUACAUUCCUAUCCCUUGUGUUUAUUCCACCACUGCCUUCCUGGCUAUCUUAAACAAGUUCAUACAUUUGAAAAGAGAAAAAAAAAAUGCUGUUUUAAAAAAUGUUUUCUCCUGCUGCAGUAAAUAUUUUGCAUGAUGAAAUUCCAGGGUCACACUUUCAAAGUUUAUCAGUGAAGUAGUGAUUAAUAAUGGGGAGUUGUCAAAGCUAUUGAACUUUUUGUAUAAAAAAAAAAAAACUUUACAAGGUGCCAAGAUGUAAAGACAAUUUGUUACUUUUUCUUUUUCUUUUUCUUUUUUUUUUCGAAGAAAAGCAUACGUUAGGGAGAUGGUCCCUUGUAUGAGGCAAAUGCACUGUCAGGAAUGAGAAUCCAUCCUCCUUGUCCCCAGAGUCUGUCCCUGUGAGACAGGUGAUGCUGCCCGCGUUGAAAACCGGCCGUGAAAUGAACUAUCAAGGCUUCUGUACGUGAAGAGUGACCGCCACCUUCGGACAGAGCUGACGUGACUUCAGCAUUCCGUCGGACCUAGGGAAGAAUACCUUGACUUCUGAACCCCAAAUCUGAUUGCUGUAAAUCACUAGCUAUUUUGUCAUGGGGGGAAAAAAGUUAAAAAAAUAUUUCCUCUCCUUUCCACAUUCCAGCUGAGCUCCGUUUCCAAGGGUACAAAGAACAUGCUCGUAAGGAUUUUGAAUCUUUUGGGUCCCUGUUGGCUAAUGGUGUAUAUACCCUCUUGAUAUUUUGGAUGUUUUUGGAAUGUCGGUUUUGCUUUUUUAUCCUCAGAAUGAGACUUAACAAUUCUAAAGGCAUUCUGUGGGGCCGGUGUAGUUCACACCAUGUCUGCUGCCCAGAAGCCCUGAUGAAGACGGUGCAGUCCGGACUGUAAGCACGGUGCUUCGUGGAAAUGUGCUGCCAGAAACCAGAAUUUUUUUUCUGUUUUGUUUUGUUUUGAUAAGGCAUAAAAGGAACUCAUUCCUUGACAUCAACUGUAAUUCCAUCAUUCCGUGUCUGUGGAUACAGACAAUAAAAAAAAAUGUUGUGUAGUCAGUACUAAUUACUGACAUUAUCGCAUUCUCAAAUGCAAUAAAAAUGCUGGUUUGUUCACACUGGUAGUAAAAA